AUGGAACUCGAGUCGGCUCAGGCGAGAAAGAGGAGCACAGGCACAGGCACAGGCACAGGCAGCGGCGCAGACCGUCAAGUCCGUCAACCGAAUCCAGUUCCAGUUCCAGUUCCAGGCCUCACGCAACGCAGCGCAGCGCAACGCAACGCACACCACCACUGCCACUGCGGACUAAAUCGUGUCAAGGGUGCAACGUCUGCACUACCACAUUACGGCCUCGGAGGCGCAAUGCAAGACCAGGGAAUGAGGGUUGGGGAGGAGAUGAGGAUGGGAGAUGUGAGUGGAGGAGAUGAGGAUGGGAGAUGGGAGAUGUGAGUGGAGGAGGGGUGUGAUGGGGAGGUAUGGUGGUUGAUGCUGGAUGGUUGAUGGUUCGGUGCAGGUGGACUUUGAGUGGUGUUUGGGGGUCACGCAGUUAGGUUUGGCUUAGGUUUGGGUUAGAGCGAGAGGGCUUGUGUGGUGGUGGUGUCAGGGAGGGCAGGAGCGAUGGAGGCACCUGGUAGGUCGUGGGGAGUGGGCAGUAAUUAGUGGGCAGUCGCCGUGUAUGGGUACUGAGGUACAGGUAGGUGAAUACUGUCAGGAAAAGGUGAGGAGAAGGCAAUCGAGUCGAGUCGCCGUGCUCACUGAACCGCUACGAGUGUUCCACAGGGCAGAUACUGUAUGAUGGGCGUCUUCGGGAAUGGAUUCACCAAACUCGUGCGCUCUGCAGGGCACUUCCUCCAGCAGACAGCAGGUUUUUACAGGCUUCCAAGGACCAAAGGCUGGUGGGGAAGACCGCAAUCGCAGCUGAUAGGCCCUGACCCUGCAGCCGAGCGGGGUCCCUUGCGCGGGCGAUAUGAGAUAAAUUGCGAUGAGUGGCAUGCGGCAGUGAGGAGGCUGCUGCUGCUGUUCUUCCUUCUUCCUUCCUUCCUCCUUCCAUUCCUUCGCCGCCUUCUAGAAGGAAUCCGCUUCUUCUGCUGACAGCCCAGACCGAUGAAUCCAGGGAUGCAGGAGAGCGUCGCGUCAGCCUGCCCGGCAAGACUGAAGUCGAAAGAGUGAAGACUGAAGUCGAGUACCAGAUCACCACAGAAAUCAGAGUACCAUACUCACACUCACUUACAUCGCUCACUAAGAUCGGUUCAGUGCGAUCGAUAUUUCUCCGUUCUCACAAAAGCCUUCGUCAUCAGAAUGAUGAUUACUUUUAUGAUUUAUGUAAGAAACCAUCAUUGCCAACCAACCUCGGUGCGGAAGCAUUCGCCUACGCACUCAUUGGCUCCCCAUCACCAUUCCCCGCAUUUCAUCCACAUCGACCUGCACAGUGCACAGUGCACAGUGCACACAUAAACCUAAACCUAAAACCACUCCAAUGGAUUCCUGCUGCAAGCCAACAGAAGAAGGGAUGGAAAUAAAGGCUGACUGCAUAUCCGCUACGUCGGUUGACUGAACUCUCACCGGCUAUCGAAAUCUGCGUCUGGAGGUGCUGCGAUGUUAGGCCAUGCGAUGCUUGAUUCGACUACAACGGUGGAAGCGAACCAUUCCCUUUCCUGCAAACAAGAGGUCCUCUUAUGAUAUGAAUCGCUUGAUCUUGGAAGCUACGCUCGAUGGCCACUUAGUACGAGUCAACUGAUCCAAUAGCUUGGUGUGCGCCAGAAGCAUCUCAGCUCAGACAAGAUCUCGCUACUUCAGCUUCUAGAGGACAUCUGAUGACCGCAUCCAACGGAAUUGCCCAAGCCACUGCUAUGACGGCGCAAACAAAAUCAAUGGUCUGUCCAAUAUUCCCUACGUCGAUUUGUCCUAAAUACCGGAAAGGAAUCGAUGCCAAAGUCUGCAAGAGCAAAGACGGCAGAGAACAUUCUCUAGCGAAGGGAAUAUGAUGGCUUUCCCUUGAUUCGUCCGGACAAUCAGCCGUUUGUCACUGAAUACUGUGAGAAUGCGACUGUCUUGAAUCGAUAUUGGUUUUCUUUGAACAUGCGUAUUGAGGUUUGUCUCGAUUAUCCGUGUAUCAAACCCUCUGCGUCUGCUAAAAAUGGCUAUUAGUCAAAGAGAGAGAUCAGAGCAAGAGCAGCUCUGGAUGUCAUCGAGGACAACGAGUCCAUGCCCUCGAGAGAUUCCCAUGCAUCUGUGGCGCGACGAUCAACACGGAUUCUUUUGCAGGACCUCGCGGAUCUCAUUGCUGAUUGCUGCUAUCCAUGCCAGCACUCAUCGCCUCCCAUUAUUGCGGUAUCGUUUGCAGUCUUGAUUCUUCCGUGGUUGUCGCAAACUCCACCCCAUUCAACCUCCGGUCGCAAGUGUUUCCAGGGACGGAGGAGACUGCAUUGUCCACGCGUUCGUGCUGCAUGGCAAUUAUUACCAAUCCCUCUUAUCGUUCUACGAUUUUGAAGUCGAAAAAGUGAAACUGGCCGAAAUCGCAGGCUUGUAUUGAACUUUUCAAUACGAAUACGCUGAAGGUUCAAGUUGUCGAUCCAUGUUUGUCGGAAGUCGUUUAUCGUCAAGGACGCGCUUCCUUCCUUCCCAGACAAGCCUUUAAACCGAAGUGGAGUGAUCCAUUAAUUCCCAGGUUAAAGUUGCAGGUACUGGUACAGAGAGCUUUGCAAAAGACCUUCGAUAACAGGUUGGGUAGGUAAAUGUGGGUCCAAAGUCACUUGACCAGCGUUCAGCUCCAGGCGGGGCUCUCAGGGCUCAUGUCCGCGGAAGUCGCUUCUUGAAAUCAACAACUCCACCACGUCCACCACGAUGUGGCCAUCAACAACAUGCCGGCCGUCCUCUACCAUACUGCUCGUUCUUGGAAGCGUACCUAUCACCAUCGUUUCCCUCUUGAACCUUAUCAUUCUUUUUAACCGCUAUCUUUGACUCGUUUGAAAACAAGUGCUGCUACUGAGCUCUUCAGCACUGUCAUUUAGCCCCGAAAUUAAAAAAAAAGUUUGCCUUACGCCCUAUGCCCUGUACCUGCGACGUGCAACAACUAUGUCCACUUCCUACUACGUACACACUUCCAAACUCCAGCGUCACAGGCGACUAACAUCCAAACUCUCGCGCUUAUUCGUAAGUACAGACAGAAGCGAGGGCGAGCCUGUGAGGGUAUUCCGAAUGAACCGAAUUGCCCCCAUUACAUCCCAACCUGGUAGCCGCCCCCUUGGGCCCCCUAAGAGAACCCCUCGAGGUCGCGCCUAAUUUCUAGAGCCCGUUCGUUUGCUGCCAAUCAAUCGUGUCUGAGUUGACGAGCAAAUGGCAUCCAUGGUCUGGUCGGAACGAGACACAUCCCCGAGGAUUUCGCUUCUCAGGUCCUCUCUGGACCCGGACCGGCCUUGCUCCGGAUGUGGAUGUGUAAACACAUGGACCGACUCCCACUCACUCCAGUACCCAGGUAGUGUCACAGUAACCAGUGACCAGUCUUACUUCUAACUUUGUUUUCUUUCUCGCACCAAGAAAGGACUCGUGGCCCGGUUGAUAUUCCGUGGUACAGUGCAGGUGUACCCAUACAACGACAUUCUUCAACCCAGCAAUCAUGAUUGGGAAAAGAUGGUAACAGCAUUAUUAGUAUCAACCCGGUAAUAUGUGCAAUGAGGAGAAAGAGCUCAAGAUCGGUCCUGAAGGGUGACGAUCACGAGACUCAUUGGCCGGAAUUCUCCUAUCCAUCUACUCCAUACUCGAGUACAAAUCAUCCAAAAUGUGCAAGACUCAGCAGUCCCUACCUACCGAAAUACACCACUUUUAGACUUUACUUUGACGGAGAUCCACGCCCAGGUCAGCUCAUUCGUUGCCCCUUGAACCACGAUAGGCAAGGCUGAACCAAAAGCACGCUUAACAAAUGCCGACGACCUUCCCUUCUCGGUCGAAGGUAUGCCUUAAAACGGUUCUAUUUAAACACCUGCCUACUAUCUUGAACCGAGGUACAGUACAUAAAGCUUAUCCCUACCCUACCCUACCUCCCGGUGGACAAGAAAAGUAGCAGAGAUUCAUUUUUUAAACUAUUAGCGUAAGUUAAUUCCAAG